GGCCGAAAUGGAGAACUCGCAAAGUAAAUCCGCAUUGUUCGUGUUUGUAGUCAUUCUAGGCGUUUCUUUGGGAGAUUUCAUGCCCCUGGAGGAUAUGGUCUCUCAGGAAAUGAUUGACCUGACGGAUCUGGGCGAUACUGUCUGGAAUCCUGAUGUGGAAACCACAGGCGCUUUGGUCGAGGCUCACAAUGAGGAGUCCCCAGAACCCCGAGGAAUUGGGCACAUACACGAAGGUGACAUAUUGAUCCCAUUGAGCUACAGGAAUGCCCGAUCCAACGGUACCCGUAAUGGCAUUUUGGCGCUGAGUUCCCGCUGGCCGGGCGGCGUUGUGCCUUACGAGAUCAAAGGUCUUACAAGCCAGGAACUGGGAAAUAUCAAUCAUGCUUUUAAUGAAUACCACACCAGAACCUGUGUGCGUUUUAAGCCCAGGACCACCGAAAAGGACUACAUAUCGAUAGGAAGUGGAAAGACCGGAUGUUGGAGCAGCAUCGGACGCUUGGGUGGUCGCCAGGAGGUGAACCUGCAGUCGCCCAGCUGCCUGCGAACCUACGGCACUCCGAUCCACGAGCUGAUGCACGCCCUGGGCUUUUUCCACGAGCAGAAUCGCCGACGCGAUUCCUAUGUCCAGGUGAUGAGUGCCAACAUUAAGCCCGCUAUGAUGGCCAACUUUGAGAAGUCCAGCUCCAAAACACAGUCCGGAUUCGGCGUGGAGUACGACUAUGGCAGUGUGAUGCAUUACUCGGCCACCAGCUUCACCCGGAAUGGCCAGCCCACACAGGCGCUGCGCUCCUCCUCCGAUGCCAGCCAGAUGGGUCAACGACGAGGAUUCUCCGCCGGAGAUGCCAAGAUCAACGCCAUGUACAAGUGCAAGGUUUAGAUAAAAGGAACAUCCUCCCGAUUUGCUACACAACCAUCGGGAUUCAUAGACCAUCAGAAUAUGGAAUAUCAGAACAAGUAUUCGAGUUUGAAAGAAAAACAUCCUAUAUCAGGCAGAACCAUAUCAAGAUCAUUGAAUAUUCAAUUAUAAAUUACUGAAAGUUAUCAUAUUUUGUAUUUAUUUAUAUAAAGCUAACUAAAGUUUAAAACUAUGAGCUUACUUAUGACUAGAGCGCUGGCAAUUAAGGCUUUCGGCUCGUCUAAGCUCGAAAGAUAUUUGAUAUUACUUAAAGAAACUUUCUAAAUAUAUUGUUGUAUUAUUAAUAUAGUGUUUUUUAUCUUUGGCCGGCAAAAAUAUGUAGUUUUCUUAAUAACGUGGCUAAAUUUAAAAAACCAAUUACAAAACACAAAUCUUAACUGGAGAAAUUCCUACUUGCAAA